AUUUGUUAUAUAACUAUGAUUUUACUAUUAUUAAUGCGUUUUCUAAUAUGCAAACAGGCAGAAUGCUUUCGAGAAAGAGUGAAUCUGAUGGAGAAAGAAUGUCACCCUAAAGAAAUGUAUUCUUCCUGUUUUGUUCACAAACUUCAUAAUCAUACUAAAUUCAAAGUUAUUCUUACAGAUGAAUUUAUGAACGCACUUGGAGAACCUGGCUGUAAAAGAUUGAUGAAGAUGAAGGGAAACGUUGAAAUAGUUUGUCAGCAAGAAGAUCUCGAUAAAGAUUUUGAUAUGAUGUGUUCAACAUUCGCUUUCAGAGAUACGGAAGAAUAAGAACAUUCUGAAGCAAUCGUAACAAUUAAAUGUCUACUCGGAAUUUUUAUGCAUUAUUAAAUAUUCAAAACUCAAAAUAUUAAUUCUUGAAUAUUGUUUUGCUAUAUUAUAAAUCUGUUACUUUAAAGUUGCGCUUGUUUAAGUGAAAAUAUUUAAAAUUUAUAUUGAAAUUAAAGCAAAUAAAAUAUCAAA